AAAAGUUUGAGGAAUUUUCUGCAAUUGUUUCAAAGAUUUAAUCCAGUAAUAUACCGGAGUUUAUACGUGCGACAGCGGCGGUGCUCGUGAAAGAAGACAGAUAAAACUCAAAAACCUUUUUUUUCUUCGUUUAAUUGGAGGUGCCGACGAUGUCUCUGUGAAAUCAUCCAUCUUUCAAUCUUUUUCAAGAAACCCAAUACAAUCACAUUUGAUUAUCAUCGGGAGAUUGUUUUCUUUUGUCGUUUCUUCGUACCCUUUUGAAUCUUCUUUUGCUUUCUUUAUCGAUCCUCUAUCUGAUAUUAUUAAUUAUAGUUUCUUUUUCGUUGAUCAUCCCCUCCGAUUAUCAAUCUAUUUGCUUCUGGAUUUCGACAAUAGAGGGAGGAGGGAAGUGAAUUGGGUCAUCAAGAAACGUGUUCGUUUAUUGUUGUUUGACGAACUGAUUUCGGAUUAUCGGUUUGAUGGAUCUGAAACUGUUGUUUUGCUUAUGACCUUUGUGGGGUUUUAGCACAAUGAUAAUGGGAUUGCAGUCUUCUGGUAGAUUACUUGAAAUUGCUGGAAGAUUAUCGCAUUCGAUGGGGAAACAGCAGCAAUCUAAACGUUGAUGCUUUUUGUUUUAUGGUUUUCAAUUUGAUAACAAUUUUACGGUGAAUUGUGGGGGAGCAUCCAUGGAUGAAGUCAACACUAGUUCCACCGUGGCAGCAGAUGAUAGCUUAGCAACUGCAUCAGCAUCAGUUCCAUGGAGUCCUAGACCGUUUGUUUUUCGACCUUAUGAACCGGUUUUUGGGAGUGAUGCAAAUAGACAAAAUUUGCGCGUUCUUGUGAAAAGACCUUUGGUAUCAAGAUUAACCAAAGAUAUUGUUGAUACAUACCGAAUAUGCAAUCCACAGUUUAAUUAUUCAGAUGAAUUAAAUCCAAAGCGGUUCCUGACAAGCCCAUCUGCUGGAGUACUCAAUGAUGGCUAUGAUAAUGAAAAUUCAGACCUUAUUCUGACCGUGAACUGUGGCUUGGUUAAUUUAGACUCUCACCGAAGGUAUAUCGUAAAAGACAUACUUGGCCAGGGGACAUUUGGGCAGGUUGCUAAAUGCUGGGUCUCAGAACUGAACUGUUUUGUUGCUGUGAAGAUCAUUAAGAAUCAACCCGCUUACUAUCAGCAGGCGUUGGUUGAAGUUUCCAUACUGACAACAUUGAAUAAAAAGUUUGAUCCUGAGGAUAAGCAUCACAUUGUUCGUAUUUAUGAUUACUUUGUAUAUCAACGGCAUCUUUGCAUUGCUUUUGAACUGCUCGAUACGAAUUUGUAUGAGCUUAUAAAGCUAAAUCAUUUUAGGGGAUUAUCAUUAAGCAUCGUGCAGCUAUUCUCAAAGCAGAUUUUAUAUGGAUUGGCUCUGAUGAAGGAUGCUGCUAUUAUCCAUUGCGAUCUAAAACCUGAGAACAUCCUUUUAUGCACGAGUAUGAAGCCAGCAGAAAUCAAAAUUAUAGACUUCGGAUCAGCAUGCAUGGAAGAUCACACUGUUUACUCUUAUAUCCAGAGUCGAUACUACAGAUCACCUGAAGUUCUUCUAGGAUAUCAGUAUACAACUGCCAUUGACAUGUGGUCAUUUGGAUGCAUAGUUGCCGAACUAUUUCUUGGCCUGCCGCUUUUUCCAGGAGCAUCAGAAUUUGAUCUUUUAAGGAGGAUGAUAAAGAUACUCGGGGAACAACCACCUGAUUAUGUACUUAAAGAGGCCAAGAAUACGAACAAAUUCUUCAAAUGUGUAGGGAGUAUCAACCAUGAAGAGAGUAGUAGUCACGUUUCUUCUUAUGGAAAGAGUAUUUACCAAGCUUUAAAUGAAGAAGAAUAUGAAGCUAGAGAGUUGAAGAAACCGUCAAUUGGAAAGGAGUACUUUAAUCACAUGAAUCUUGAAGCAAUUGUCAAAAAGUAUCCUUACAGGAAAAAUCUGCAAGAUGAAGAUUUGGCCAGAGAGAGUCAAAUACGAUUAGCACUGAUUGAUUUCUUGAGGGGACUAGUAGAAUUUGAUCCAGCCAAGCGAUGGUCACCUUUGCAGGCUUCUAAGCAUCCCUUUGUUACUGGGGAACCUUUUACUUGUCCUUAUACGCCUGCUCCUGAGACUCCUCGUGUGCCUGUUUCUCACAAUGUGAAGGUCGAUCAUCAUCCUGCUGGGGGUCAUUGGUUUGCUGCAGGUCUCUCUCCUAAUGUUCUAGGUGGAAACCGAGUUGCGAUGUAUAACAACUCUCAUUUUCAAGUAAUGCCUUAUGCACAUGGAGGUAACUUUGGAAGUUUGGGAAGUCAUGGCAGCUAUAAUGAUGGCAUUGAACUCGGAAGUAGCUAUGGAAGUUAUGGAGAUAACAGUAAUGUGUUGACGUUCUAUUCACCGGUCGCUCCAUCUGGGAUGAACAACUACGCACAAGGAAGUGGUCCAGCACUCGGAAGUAGUCCCGAUGCUCGGCGAAGAAUUAUGCAAAUCCCACAUGGAAAUGGAUACGGAUUCAGCCCAGCCGGGAAUUUUGCACCCAUGUCGCUUGGCACUAGUCCCUCACAAUUCACUCCACCCUACAGCCAGGUUACAACAGUAUCUCCUGGACAUUAUGGCCCGAGUUCGCCUGCUAGAGGAAAUUGCCAUGGAUCGCCUCUUGGAAAAGGAACGGCUUCUGUGAAUCAGUUGAACAGAAGAAAAGGAUGGGGUUAUUCUGGGAGUUUACAAUCUCAAGAAAGCACAUCAUCGGCACAUUGGCAAGGGCAGUUUUCUGAUGUUAAUACGUCUUCUGGGCAGGCCGAUACGAGUUCUCCACCUGUGUUGGGCCGUUCAAUGCACCAUUUACAAUCAAAUUUAAACGCUGCAAAUUGGAAGCAACAGCAAAGGAAUAGUGGAAAUGCCACUGGUCACACUUCAUUUGGUUCAGGUAAACCGUUUCCUCAUGCUGCCAAGAGUGCCAUACAUGACAAGCCUGAGAGUAGCAGUUCGCUGCCUGAUCCGGGGGAUUGGGAUCCAAACUACAGCGAUGAACUGCUUCUGCAAGAUGAUUCUUCAGAAUUGAGCUCCAUGACAACGGAGUUCAGUAAGAGUAUGCAUCUUAAUCAAGCUUUUGCUACUACAGAAUCAUUUGUUGGAGUCGCGCGAUUUAAUCAAAUGUCGACCACAAAUAUGUCGAUUCAAAGGCCAAACGGGCCUAUUCAAGCAUUUUCACAUGCAGAAGCAGGAAGCUCGAUCUCAUCCCCUGAUGUGUAUGUUCAUCCCAUGAUGACUCCUUCCCAUUUAAUGCCGCAUUUCUCCCAAUUUUCACCGAGUCGGCUGGGCCAGCAACCCGUUCAGCGGUUCACUCAUGUGCGGUCAAUGGGUAUUCGUGGCGGUGAAUGGAAUCAUGUCAAGGUUCAGGCCCCACUUUCCAAUUUCAACUCAGGGGGUCCCCGUUCCCCUGGAAGCAACAGUGCACCAUGGGGGCGUAGGGGCAACCAUCCCAUUGCCGCAAAUAUUCUGCCAUCUUCCCAUGGAGGGAACGAAUAUGGAAGAAUCGCCUGAUGUUGGAAUUCGAAAACUAUAUAUAGAAUGAAUCUCUCUCUACUGUAAGGGACGUUGGCAUGAUAAUUGUUAGUCGAAGUUGCUCCUUCUACUGUUGAUUGUGCAUUCAUAGUGAUUCUUUAAGUAUGACUUAUGAAAACUUCGUUCCUCCAUUGUUAUUUGUUCGUUUGUUUGUCGUCCCCCCCGGGAGUGCGAUGGGGAUGUCGAAAACGAGUAGCGUAAAAAGGGUUUGUUGAUUUCUUUCUUUCUUUAUUUUGUUGAUUUAGUGGUGCAAAUUGGUCACAAAAUGCAAGUAUUUUGGUCAAUGGCCUCUUUGCUUGGAUGAGCAAUUUGCUUUCUAUCUUGGAUCCCACAUUUUUUAUAUAUUGAAAAGCCAAAAUAUGGAUAUUGGGAUGGGAUCCAAGAAGAUUUAUUAGUCAAAUGGCAUGACUUGAUAAGUGUGCUCAUGAAAGGGGUUUUGAAUGUGUAUGUAUACUAUAUAUAUUGUUUUUUGAACAAUGAAUGUGAUGGAAACUUUGAUUGUCUUGAUGCUCA